AUGAAAAUGAUUAAAGAUUUGCUGUCAACAGAAGAUCAACAAGCCAUCUCACUUCUUCAAUCGCUUACAAAAUUCAACGGCCCCGACCAACUGUGCUCCUUGUUUGCAAUACUGCUGCAGUUCCGGGAAUAUCGUGUGGGCGUAACAGGGGAUAUAGAGGAGAUGUUCCACCAGGUUCUUAUGCGAGAGGAAGAUCAACAAUGUCAUCGGUUCUUUUGGAAGGACGAUGCUGGCGAGAUCAAGGUGUACGUACCCUGCGCUCAGUACGUAAAAAAUGUAAAAGCGGAACGCUUUAUGGGAGAGUUGCCAGAGGCAGUCGACAUCAUAAAGAAACGCCAUUACGUGGACGACGCGAUGUUCAGUACCGAGACGCCUGAGCAUACUAUUCGUCUGGCACAAGCAGUUCGACAAUUGCAUUCUGCGGGUGGAUUCGAAAUUCGUAACUGGACGAGCAACUCGCGACGAGUGUUGACUGUAUUAAUUGAGACCAGUACUGCAGAGAAGAGUACGGACUUAACAGUGGGACCAAUGGCUACGGAGAAAAUGCUCGGCAUGUGGUGGUGCACAACAUCCGACGAAUUCGUGUACAAAAUAGGAUGGAAUCGCUACAAUCCUGAUCUGCUUACCGGACGUCGUCGGCCGACAAAACGACAGAUGCUCCUGGUUCUCAUGACCAUCUUCGAUCCUCUAGGUUUGAUCUCGCACUUUCUUAUGUUUCUCAAAGUUCUCCUCCAAGAAGUGUGGCGAGCCGGCGUUCAAUGGGAUGAGGAAAUCCCCGACACUCUGCAAACUACAGGUGACAGUUCUCAAUUGAUUUUGGACAAUCUUUGUGGAGUGUUUCGUUCGGGUAGACUUACUGCUAUUCUUGGGCCUUCCGGUUCCGGAAAGUCUUCCCUGCUAAAUAUUCUGAGCGGAUUACGUCAAGCGGAAGGUGUGAUACAGUUUAAUGGAAAUCGUUUGGGAGGUACAGAACUACGUAAAGUUGUAUCAUACACCGAACAGGAAGUUUCCCUUUGGAUGAACUUAACCGUAGAAGAAUCAUUGAAAUAUACAGCAGAAUUUCAAAUGCCCGAUUCAAUGACAAAAUCUACGAAGAAGGUUAUCAUUUUAGAGCACAUCCAAUCUCUAGGUCUGGACAAAUGCAGUUCCACGUUGGUUCGAAACCUAUCCGGAGGUGAAUAUAAACGGCUAGCGAUUGCAUUGAAUCUUUUAUCCAACCCGAAAGUGAUGCUUCUGGAUGAACCGACCAGUGGCCUUGACAUAGUCGCUGCACAUCACGUGAUUUCGACGAUGAAAAAUCUCGCCCGUGAGGGGCGGAUUAUAGGGUGUGUAAUUCACCAACCUAACUCGGGGAUUCUGGGGAUGUUCGACGAUAUCUACCUAAUAUCCAAAGGUAGAUGCCUUUAUAAUGGCUCUUUGACAGAAAUGGUUAGAAGUUUUCAAGCAGUCGGGCUAAACUGUCCUUUGUCGCACAAUCCAGCAGAUUUUGCUCUCGAAAUAGCCUGUUUAGAGAAUGAUGAACGCGUUGCAAAACUAAUACAUAAGCAAUUGAACGUAAUAGGCCCUAGCCCGACGAUAGUUUCUGAACUUGAAAUAUUUCGCGAAAGUAGUUGUACUUUUUGGAAACAAUUGAUGCUGCUUUUGAGGAGAUCAACAAUCUGCACUCUUCGUGAUCCGACUCAAAUGAAAACGAAAACUGCUAUUAGUGUGCUGGUCGGAUUGCUGAUCGGCACUGUCUAUUAUGACAUUGGAAACAACGCGGCUCGUAUCUUGUCUAACACGACGUUAUUUCAAUUUGUGCUGCACACCAUCAUGUUUAUUACGCUGGGCUCAGCGGCCAUUGUUUAUCCGUUGGAAUCGUCAGCGUUCAUUCGCGAGUACCGCAACCAAUCGUACGGCCUCUUCCCCUACUUUGUAACGAAAGUAGUUGUGGAAAUUCCGAUACUCAUACUGAAUGCCACUAUUCUUGCAAGCAUUACCUACAUCAUGACCUCCCAGCCGAUGGAGCUGCAUCGGUUUGCGUAUUUCUGGACCAUUUGUAUUUUGUUUGGAUGGAUUUCUCAAGCCUGGGGCUUGAUGCUUGGAUGUUUUUUCAAAUUACAAACGACAGCCAUAGUUGGUAGUGUAAGCAGCUUGAUAGUCAUUCUACUCUCCGGCGUUUUUAUUCCACCGGCCCAAAUGCCUCUAAUUAUGAGGCUGCUGUCCUACGUGUCCUUCGAGAGGUACGCAUACGAAGGCUAUCUUCAUGUAAUCUACGGCAUGGAUCGCAAAGACAUGGAUUGUCCAGAAAUGUUCUGCUACUAUAACAAGCUUUCGGUAUUCCUUAAAUCGAUAAGCCUACCGGAGCUCGAUUUGAUGACAGAUUUCCUAGCACUUGCUACAUGGGCUGUAACGUUGACUAUAGGUUUUUAUAUUAGUUUAAGGCGAAAGACAACUGCCAAAAGUUGA